GGCGGAUAAGAAUCAUAAUACGAGGUCUUUUAAGACUAAGUCUUUUUCAUAAAAUGGAACCGAUUGAUGGGGGGGAAAAAGAAAAGCUACGUGUGGCCAUUAAGGAAAGAGUUGCGAAAGAAGAGCGUGCUUAUCGUCUUGUAGAAAAAAUGGUUUUGAUAAGCCACGUCGAUAAAGAUUUCUUACUGAACGCUGGAAAAUACAUAACAAUUUCACAGUACAAAGAUAUUACUGAGGAAAGGGCAAUUACAAAAUACUGCGGUUAUCCACUGUGUAAUAGUCGUAUUGCUCAGGUUUUAAAGCAAAAAUACAGCAUAUCCCUUCGAGAAAAGAAAGUCUUUGACAUUACUGAACGAAAGAAUUUUUGCAGCAACUUUUGUUUUAAAGCGUCAAAAUAUUUUGAAUCACAGCUUUCGUCUGAGCCAGUUUGGAUGCGAGAAAUGCGAAAAUUUCCAGACCUGUUGCUGUUAAGUGAUAGUAAACGGCCUCAAACUACCAUUUCAGGAUCGGGUAGCGAGGUUUUCAUAAAGGAUGGCGUCAAUAUAGCACACACAACCAAUAGAGAAGUUGUUGAGGAUGACGAAAUACGUAAAACAGAAACUUACAGCAAACAAGAAAAAGAAAAAGAUAAGAAUAAAGACAACACAGAACAUGUAGACAAUGAAAAUAAAAACAGAAAUUACUACGACAAAAUACACAGUAAUAUACAUUUUGACAACAGUGAAUUGGGAUGUAUUAUGGAGAAAAUGCAAGUUCAAAUUGAUUUGGAUUUUGAUUUAUCUGAUUCUGAUGACGUUAGUGAUAUAACAGAUAGUGAUCGUCUUGAUCAUUUUCGCAAUAACACCGAUGAUGAAAAAACAAAGGAAGCAAUAGUUACGAUUGAUUGCAUCAGAAACGAUGAACCAUUUCAAAGCGAGAAUACCAUUCUAAGUAAGGAGAAGUGCGAAGUACCGAUCGAAAUCCACUUGAAAAAACUUCAAAAUAUCUUAUCGGAGUGGUGCAGCAUAAAGACCAAAGACUACUUGAGAUAUUCGCUCAAAAUUAAACAAAACUUGCACAAGUUCGAAAAAUUUGACGAAACUUUCAAAGACGAAGGAAGAAGAAGCGACGCAGUUGCUGUGAUAAUUCCAUCUAUUGAUUGGAAAAGUCAAAUGGAAAUUCGUGGAAAGAUCGUCUUGGACAAGAUUACUAAGGCUAUAUCUCCGAUGUUGUCAGAAUUGCGCCUUACACAUGCUGACGUAUCGUCUCAAUUGGCAGGUUUACUGAAGACAUUCAGGUUCACGAGCAAAAACAUUGUAUUAAAGCCAAAGGAGUGGACAUUAGUGGCCCUAAUCCUUCUUUUUGUAUUGAUAAAGUUUGACAAGAACUUGCAAGAUAUUUUAUUGGAUCAGCAGGCAAUUCUGUAUUCCUUGAUCUCGAGGACGAUUGGCGAUGGAAGAAGUUUAGAAUGUUUUAUGGAUGUGUUUAAUGUAGAUAAAGAUAAUAUUGAUGCUAAGACACAAGAGGGGUUUAAUAUGGAGGAACUAGAUUGAAAAUUGCCAGUGUAUAUUCAAUAAACAUUACAAUUCAAA